AUGGAUAGCAGGGUCUCAGGCACAACCAGUAAUGGAGAGACAAAACCAGUGUGUCCAGUCAUGGAAAAGACGGAGGAAGAUGGCACACUGGAGCGGGAGCACUGGAACAACAAGAUGGAAUUCGUGUUGUCAGUGGCUGGGGAGAUCAUUGGCUUAGGCAAUGUCUGGAGGUUUCCUUAUCUGUGCUACAAGAACGGGGGAGGUGCCUUCUUCAUCCCCUACCUAAUAUUCCUAUUUACCUGUGGCAUUCCUGUCUUCCUUCUGGAAACAGCACUGGGCCAGUACACCAGCCAGGGAGGUGUCACAGCCUGGAGGAAGAUCUGCCCCAUCUUUGAGGGCAUCGGCUAUGCCUCGCAGAUGAUCGUUGUCCUCCUCAACUUCUACUACAUCGUCGUCCUGGCCUGGGCCCUUUUCUACCUCUUCAGCAGCUUCACCAUCGACCUUCCCUGGGGAAGCUGCCACCAUGAGUGGAAUACAGAACACUGUGUGGAGUUCCAGAAGACCAAUGGCUCCCUGAAUGUGACCUCUGAGAAUGCCACCUCCCCUGUCAUUGAGUUCUGGGAGAGGCGGGUCCUGAAGAUCUCCGAUGGCAUCCAGCACCUGGGGGCCCUGCGCUGGGAGCUGGCCCUGUGCCUCCUGCUUGCCUGGGUCAUCUGCUACUUCUGCAUCUGGAAGGGGGUCAAGUCCACAGGAAAGGUGGUGUACUUCACAGCCACAUUCCCCUACCUCAUGCUGGUGGUCCUGUUAAUUCGAGGGGUGACGCUGCCUGGGGCAGCCCAAGGAAUUCAGUUUUACCUGUAUCCAAACCUCACCCGUCUGUGGGAUCCCCAGGUGUGGAUGGACGCGGGCACCCAGAUCUUCUUCUCCUUCGCCAUCUGUAUAGGGUGCCUGACAGCUCUGGGAAGCUACAACAAGUAUCACAACAACUGCUACAGGGACUGUGUUGCCCUCUGCUUCCUCAACAGCGGCACCAGCUUUGUGGCUGGGUUUGCCAUCUUCUCUAUCCUGGGCUUCAUGUCUCAGGAGCAGGGGGUGCCCAUUUCAGAGGUAGCUGAGUCAGGUCCUGGUCUGGCUUUCAUCGCCUACCCUCGGGCCGUGGUGAUGCUGCCCUUCUCUCCCCUCUGGGCCUGCUGUUUCUUCUGCAUGGUCGUUCUCCUGGGGCUGGAUAGUCAGUUUGUGUGCGUAGAAAGCCUGGUGACAGCGCUGGUGGACAUGUACCCCCAUGUGUUCCGCAAGAAGAACCGGAGGGAGAUGCUCAUCCUUGGAGUGUCUGUCAUCUCCUUUCUUGUUGGGCUGGUCAUGCUCACAGAGGGUGGUAUGUACGUGUUCCAGCUCUUUGACUACUAUGCAGCCAGUGGCAUGUGCCUCCUGUUUGUGGCCAUCUUUGAGUCCCUCUGUGUGGCUUGGGUUUAUGGAGCCAGGCGCUUUUAUGACAACAUUGAGGAUAUGAUUGGGUACAGGCCAUGGCCUCUUAUCAAAUAUUGUUGGCUCUUCCUCACACCAGCUGUGUGCACAGCCACCUUCCUCUUCUCCCUGAUCAAGUAUACUCCGCUGACCUAUAACAAGAAGUACACAUACCCAUGGUGGGGUGAUGCCCUGGGCUGGGUCCUGGCUCUGUCCUCCAUGGUCUGCAUUCCUGCCUGGAGCUUCUACAAACUCAGCACCCUCAAGGGCCCCUUCAGAGAGAGAAUCCGCCAGCUCGUGUGCCCAGCUGAGGACCUGCCCGAACGGAACCAAGCAGGACUUCCCCUUCCUGCUACACCCAGGACAUCAUUUCUCAGAUUCACAGAACUAGAGUCUCACUGCUAGGGGGACAGGCCCUUGGAUGGUGCCUGUGAGCCUGGCUGUGGGGACAGCUGCAGCGGGGAGAGGGCAGAGGUUGCCCCAGUGAGCUUCUCUGCCCCCCACCUGGGCAGAUAAGAAAAAAGGGGAUAUUUUGGAUCUGCCUUCUGAGGUGGGGGCCUCCCUCCCCAGCCUCCCUGCUGCAGGGGUGAUCUGGACAGACGUGGGAUGCCAGUCUCAAGAGCAUCUCUUUGAGACGGGCCUUGGGAAGCUGGGAGACGGCUGCUGGUGGGGUGGGGGUGGAGCGUUGUUGCUCUCCGGGUCCUUUUGCCCGGCAUUCCAUUAAAUCCAUGCUCUUCCCACUGA